AUGGGGCAGCGGGUUUCGGGUCCUGAGUGGCCAAUCAGCUCGCAGCAUGGCCGUUUCUCUGUCAGUGAGGAGGCCCCGCCUCGGUACUCCAGUAGCCAUGGCGAUGGCAGCAGCACUGAGGGCCAUGUCCUGCCCAGCACCAUCACCAUGGAAACAGAGGCAGCUGACAGCACGGUGGAGCGGAGGGAUGUGCGGCGACCAUCUCUCUACAGCUCCAUGGAUACCGGACCCAUGCUGGACUUCUACUCCAACACCAUGACAACGGGACGCCAACGACGCAGCCGGCCAUCUUUGGAAACCCUGCGCAAAGUGACGGAUGAUGGAGAGACAGGAAGUUCGAUGGAGGAGUUAGGAGUGGGCGGUUACCCAGGAAACCAGGAGCAGCAGAAUCCGGAUCAUGAACAGACCCGCCCCCCCGUUCGCUUUGGCUGGGUCACAGGGGUUAUGAUCCGCUGCAUGUUGAAUAUCUGGGGGGUGAUUUUGUUCCUGCGUUUGUCCUGGAUCACCUCUCAAGCAGGCAUCAUCCUCACUUGGGUCAUCAUCUUCAUGUCUGUCAUCGUCACCUCGGUAACCGCACUGUCUGUGUCUGCCAUCGCAACCAAUGGGAAAGUCUCCUCAGGGGGCGCCUACUUCAUGAUCUCUCGCACCUUGGGCCCGGAGAUGGGCGGGCCCAUCGGCGUGGUCUUCUCCUUCGCCAACGCCCUGGCCUGCGCCAUGAACACCGUGGGAUUCGCUGAAACUGUCCGCGACCUUCUCAUCGAACAUGGUGCAGUUAUGGUAGACCCAAUCAAUGAUGUACGAAUUGUGGGUGUGGCUACAGUCACACUGCUUCUCCUCAUUUCAUUGGCUGGAAUGGAGUGGGAGGCCAAGACUCAGAUCCUGUUCUUUGUCGUGCUCCUCCUGUCUUUCGCAAACUACUUUGUGGGAACCGUGAUCCCCGUCCCAGAAAAACAGGCUCUGGGUUUCUUCAGCUACCGCAGUGAAAUCUUUCUGACCAACCUGUGGCCGGACUGGAGGGGUCCGGAGGGGAACUUCUUCCAGAUGUUCGCCAUUUUCUUCCCCUCUGCCAUUGGCAUCCUGUCCGGCGCAAACAUCUCUGGAGACCUGAAGGAUCCAGAGUCAGCGAUUCCUAAGGGUACUUUGAUGGCCAUAUUCUGGACCACAGUCAGCUACCUGGGAAUUUCAGCUACCUUAGGGGGCAGUGUACUGCGAGACGCCUCUGGAAGUCUGAACGACAGUUUGGGGCUCAAUGCCUCUGCAGGGUGUGAAGGCGUGGCCUGCAGUCUGGGCUGGAACUUCUCUUCCUGUGAACUCACACAUACCUGUUCAUUCGGCCUGGCCAACAACUUCCAGGUGCUCAGUAUGGUCUCUGGGUUUGGGCCGCUGAUCACAGCUGGGAUCUUUGCCGCCAGCCUAUCAUCAGCCCUCGCCUUCCUCGUCUCUGCCCCCAAGGUCUUCCAGUGUCUGUGCAGGGAUAAAAUCUACCCCUACAUCGGAUUCUUUGCAAAGGGUUAUGGGAAAAAUGAUGAGCCCCUCCGUGCCUACAUCCUCACCUACCUGAUUGCUGUGGCCUUCAUUCUGAUUGCCCAGCUCAACGCCAUUGCUCCACUCAUCUCAAACUUCUUCCUCUGCUCCUAUGCCCUCAUCAACUUCAGCUGCUUCCACGCCUCCAUCACCAACUCCCCCGGGUGGAGGCCUUCGUUCAGGUACUACAGCCGCUGGGUGGCGCUGUUUGGGGCCGUGGUCUCGGUGCUGCUCAUGUUCCUGCUCACCUGGUGGGCGGCCCUCAUCACCUUCGGGAUCAUCCUUUUCCUCCUGGGAUACGUGUUCUACAAGAAACCAGAGGUGAACUGGGGCUCGUCUGUGCAAGCUGGCACCUACAACAUGGCUCUGUCCUACUCCGUCUCACUCUCCAGGGUGGAGGACCACGUCAAGAACUUCAGGCCUCAGUGUUUGGUCCUGACUGGACCCCCGAAUCUUCGCCCGGCACUGGUGGACUUUGUUGGCUCCUUCACCAAAAAUAUCAGCCUCAUGAUUUGUGGGGACAUCCUGAUGGAGGAUGAUAAAGUGUCACCUCAGCGUGACGUGGCAAAGCUGCUGAAGUGGCUGAAUCACAGGAAAGUGCGCUCGUUCUACACGCCCCUCACUGGAGAGAGCCUCAGAGAGGGGGCCCACAACCUCCUGCAGGCCACUGGUCUGGGAAAACUUAAGCCAAAUACGCUCAUCAUGGGAUUCAAGACCAACUGGCAGGAGUGCUCCCCCUGUAGCAUGGAGGACUACAUUACCACCAUAUAUGAUACAUUUGACUCCAAUUAUGGUGUGUGCUUGCUAAGGAUGAUGGAUGGACUGGACAUCUCAGAAGAAAUUGAAGGAGAAGUGAAUCCUGCCUUUGAGACUGAAGAUACACUGGACCCAGAGCAAGUAACUCCAGAGAGAAACUCAGAUGAGGGCAAUGGGAAUGUUUUUCCCACAGAACAGAUCUGCACGGUCUUCCAGAACAAACAGGGGAAGAAGACCAUCGAUGUGUACUGGAUCUCUGAUGAUGGGGGUCUGACGCUCUUGGUUCCAUACCUGCUGACGCGCAGACGCCGUUGGAGGUUGAGUAAGGUGCGCGUGUUCAUCGUGGGUGAUCAACACAACAAGGAGGACCAGCGCAGAGAGAUGGUCUUGCUGCUGCAGAAAUUUCGCCUGGACAUCCAUGAUGUCAUUGUGAUGACAGACAGUGAACGGCCCCCCAACGCCAAAAACCUGAAGAGGUUUGAGGACGUUAUCGCCCCCUUCAGGCUGAGGGAGGGACAGCACGGCGAGGCCGCACUGCCACAGUUAAAGAGAGACUGCCCCUGGAAAGUGUCUGACAAGGAGCUGGAGGCUCUCCGACUGAAGUCGGAGAGGAAGGUGAGGCUGAAUGAGAUUAUUCGCAAGAACUCCCAGAAUGCAGCACUGGUCCUAGUGACCCUCCCUGUGCCGCAGACGGACUGCCCCAGUGCGCUCUACAUGGCCUGGCUGGACACCCUGAGCUCUGGCCUGCACUGCCCCACCCUUCUUAUCCGCGGGAACCAGUGCAACGUGCUCACCUUCUACUGCCAGUGAGGGGCGGGGCCUGUCUCAGUCUGUAAUUUCAGAUUUAAUCAUUAACAUGGACGUUUUUAUUCAGGUCCACUGAGCAAGCUAGUCGACCCUUUUAUAUUCCAUUUAUAUGUUCCCAGGCUAGUCAAUGCUUCCUUUAGCCAGCAAAGAUAUGUAAAACAAUGACUCAAAUAACUUCAGGAACACCAGCAAUAACAAGAAUAGUGAUACCUCCGAAGAUAUAUACAAU